AUGGCCUCUUGCGGCGACGACUUCGCCCUCCUCCGUGACCCCGCUCCCCAGCCUUCCGCCCAGCCGGCCCCGCCGCAAGCCUUCUGCUUCGUCGACGCCGCCGCCGCGGGCUCCGGAGCCGGCGCCGGCCCCCUGGCGCCGGCACAGGAGGAGGGCAAUCACAGCUCCGACCGCGGGAAGGCGUCCAACCACUCCAAGCGCCGGAGGGACCGCGCGGAGGAGUUCAGCGAUGGGGGCGAGUACUGCUCCUACAUCAGCGGCGGCGGCGGGGGCAGGAAGGGCCGAGGCGGCUCCUCGGACUACCGCAAGGACCGGGAGGAGUGGACGGACGGCGCCAUCAGCAGCCUCCUCGACGCCUACACCGACCGCUUCGAGCAGCUCAACCGGGGCAACCUCCGGGGCCGGGACUGGGAGGACGUCGCCGCCGCCGUCACCGACGGCCAGGGCAAGGCCGGCGGGGGCAAGAGCGUGGAGCAGUGCAAGAACAAGAUCGACAACCUCAAGAAGCGCUACAAGGUGGAGUGCCAGCGCACCUCCGGCUCCGCCUCCGUCAGCCAUUGGCCCUGGUACAAGCAGAUGGAGCACAUUAUUGGCAACUCCUCGUCGCCCGGCACCCCCAAGCCGGCGGCGGCCAGCAACGACGAGAAGCCCCGGCAACAGCAGCAGCAGCACAGCAACAAAAGGCACCCUUCUUCCGGCACUGGCGCCCCUGCCAUGGCUCCCUGUUCCAGAUCAACCCCUCCCCCAAAUCCGAAAUGGAAAAGGGUGCUUCUCAAGAUUGGGGGCACUGCAUUGGCUGGAGAAGCUCCCCAUAAUGUUGACCCAAAGGUGAUCAUGCUGAUUGCUAGAGAAGUUCAAGUGGCAUGCCGCCACGGCAUUGAGGUGGCUAUUGUCAUGGGGGGUCGGAAUGUAUUCUGCUCUGACACUUGGGUUGCUGCCACAGGCACUGAUAGAGCUUCAACACAUCCAAUUGGAAUGAUGGCAGCAGUGAUGAAUGCCGUAUUGCUCCAAGCUUCACUAGAAAAGAUAGGUGUGGACACACGAGUCCAAACUGCACUGAUGAUGCAAGAGGUUGCAGAACCGUACAUAAGGCGGCGCGCCAUACGCCAUCUUGAAAAAGGAAGGGUUGUUAUCUUUGGUGGAAUUGGUGCUGGUAUAGGAAAUCCACUUUUCACAACAGAUACAGCUGCUGCACUGAGAGCUUCUGAAAUCAAUGCAGAUGUUGUCCUUAAAGGUGUCGCUGGAGAUGCUGAAUAUGGUUGUCCUCCCAGGAGCAACAGCAGUGCACUAUUUGAGCACAUCUCAUUUAGGGAGUUAGCAGCAAGAGGGACCAGCAAGAUGGAUAUGACAGCAGUCACAUGUUGCGAGGAGAACAAUAUUCCUGUUGUCAUCUUUAACAUAUUAGAGCCUGGUAACAUCUCCAAAGCUAUUUGUGGCGAUCAAGUAGGUACAUUGGUUGACCAAUCAGGAAGGAUCACUUAACUUACGAGGCAGAUUAGCUUUGUUGUAGCUUCGGGGCAUUCCUAUUCCCCUGAGGCGGCAUGCAUCUUCUUCGAUUGCAUGGAUUUGUUUGGAUGGGAGAAUGAGGGUUAUGUUCCUUAGAGAGAAGACCUACACCUUGAUUUGAACGAGGUGCUUUGUUGUGUAAUAUCUGUUGUAGCGGUUCUGCCAUGAGAAGUUUAUUUAUUUGUAGUAUCUAUUUGUAUUGUGGUCGCUAGUUUAGUUCAGGAGGCUUGGGUGAAGUAAGUAUUUAUGCCUGCAUAGGGACCCAGGCCAAAUCACCAGAAUGUAGUGUUGUAACUUGUAACAAUGUUGUUUGAGCUGUAGUGUUGUAACUUGUAACAAUGUUGUUUGAGCUGUAGUGGUUGUGCUGAAAAAAGAUAUUUUGCCUCAUUUCUUGCCCUGAUUGAGUGA